AUGUUUUCAAAGAGCUCAUUCUUGUCUGCCAUUCUCAUCGGCUUGGAGAUUGUCUCCGCUGCUGCCAUCGGUAGUGUCAAGCGUCAAACCACCGAUACCACCUUCGGCCUCUACGCUUACAACAAGAACAUCAGUGGUCUUCCCGUCUUCUACGGAGACGGAAUCGCUUACAUUGGCAAUGCCCCCCCAGUCAAUCUCACCUAUGAAAGUGUGAAUGUCACUUUCACCCCUCAGACCUCCGACUCUUCCACCUGGGCUGCCAAACCCAACACUACCGAUGUCACCUGGAGCACCACCCCAUUCUUGUACAUCAACCCCACCAGCGGUGCCUUUGACUCUGUUGGCUUUGUCAACAGCACCAGCGACCUCCCCACCGGCGCCACCGCCUCUGGUUUCCUCUUUUACGGACAAAGUGUUAUGUACCAAGGAUCUUCUGGGAGUAUGGAUGCAAAGUUCUGGGCCGAGCCUACCGAUCAGAAGGAUUUGUGGGUCUUGAAGUGGAACUCGGACGGAACCUCUCAGGGACAAUCUGUUCCGGUUGUGAUCAAGAGUACCCCGCCGACCACCAUAACCCGCAUGAUGAACUAG